UAGAAGAGAACCAAGCAAACAAAAACAUGGAAAAUCUGGUCAAGCUGCUACUAAACGGCGAAAAUUCGUGUUUUUUGACCAGUCUUCCUCCUUCCGACAAUGGAAGAUCGACUCGGAUUGGACACCGCUCGGGUUGUAACCCUGCAGAUAAUACAAAUGGAGACAAAACAGGAAAUGAAGACCCCACUGACGCUGAUUCAGUUACAUCUAACUCAAGACCUGUCAAUGAUGAUACCACCUCGAUUAAAAUAAACACUGAAUCCUCUACCAUUACCAAUACAAUUACACUGCCAAAUCGUCCACAUCAACUAAGUGCGCCAAACAAUUAUCGUUAUUGUCGAGGAAGAUCCUUCAUCCGUAACGUAGAACAUGCUUUAGAACUCUUGAAACUCAAACAGGUGAAUUUGAAAAAAAUUUAAAUCAACUACAGCCUUUGUUUGGAAAUCAAGAGCGCCAAUAAGACAGCAUGGAGAAAAAUAACAAGACAAUACUCCUUUCUUUUUUACAUAAUUUUUCUGUCAUAUAUGUCUUUGUAACUAUUGUAAUUUGCAAUUUGUAAAAUAUUUUCAAAAGGGUUUCC